AUGCUCCACUGCCUGUGGCUCUUGGCGCCGCUAGUAGUAUUCCCAUCGUCCUCCUCUGCCCAGUCUGUCAAAACCAGCCUUGGUACUAUACAUGGUGUGAUCGACAGGAGCAAUCCAUCGGUUCGGCAAUUCCUUGGCAUUCCAUAUGCCAAACCUCCCAUCGGUGACUUGCGAUGGGACCGACCCCAUCCUGUUGAGGAGUUUGGAGACAUCCAAGCCAAGAAGCUCCCCCCUAGUUGUCCCCAAUAUCUCGGCGUGAGCCGGGGUAACUUCUACUCGCAGGAGGUUUUGGAGUUCAACUUACAAGGCUUGAACAAAACCGGCUCCAUUAGUGAAGACUGUCUCACGCUUAGUGUCUGGACUCCUUUGGGGGCCCGGAGAGGAGACAAUCUUCCCAUUCUGAUUUACAUAUAUGGAGGCGGGUUCUCAACUGGAGGUCAAGAUGUACCCUACCAAAUUCCAACCCAGUGGGUUCAGCGAACGAAAUCCCACAUUGUUGUCAGUUUCAAUUAUCGCGUCAACAUGUUCGGGUUCCCCCGCUCUGCUGGUGUUGAGAGCCAGAACCUCGGCUUAUUAGAUCAGCGCAUGGCUAUCGAGUGGGUGCGGGAUAACAUCUACCAUUUCGGCGGUGACAAAACACGCAUGUCGCUCUGGGGGCAAAGUGCCGGGGCAAUGUCUGUGGCCUACUACACCUACGCCUAUCCCGAAAACCCCAUCGUCAGUAGCCUCAUUCUGGACUCGGCCAGUGAAUUCACCAAUCUCGGAUCAGGUGAAAGCGACACGGACCACUCCAACUUUACCUUUGUGGCAGAGAAUCUGGGAUGCCAGAGGGACUCACCGGCCGAGGAGUUGGCUUGUAUGCGCCAAGUUCCCUUCCAGGAUAUUGAGGAUUUUAUCCAGGAGUAUACUGAGCAAGGGACUACUCCAUCGCUAGCUUUCAAGCCCGUACCAGAUGGCCGACUGGUGUUCAGCAACUAUACUGAGCGCUCACUCUUGGGUGCCCAGGGAAAGAUCCCUGCGAUUGUCGGCACGGCUGCACAGGACGGCUAUCCGUUCGGAUAUACCGGUAAUGGGGUCGAUACGACUGUCGCAGAGCAAGUCACGCUGUCGCUGUUCCUCUGCCCAGCCUACAAGACAUCAUCCAAUCGCUUAGCGGCAGGUCUCGAUACCUGGCGCUAUGAAUAUCGAGGCAACUUUAGCAACGUGUCUCCCGUGCCAUACAUUGGCGCCUACCACUCAUCCGAGUUGCCCAUGAUCUUCGGCACCCACGGCCUGUUCCGCGGUCCGUCUACAAAACUGGAGAAAGCAACCAGCGCGGCGAUGCAGGAUGCAUAUUUAACAUUCACAGCAACAAGGGGGUCGAGGAAAGCUAUGCUCAAGCACGGGUGGCAUGUGUAUGAGAAGAGCAGGAAGAAUCCUUUGCGGAUCUUUGGCGAGCGAGUGGCCGAUAAGGACGGAAAUAUUAACGAGCAGGAGCUGGAGUGUAAGCGCUUGUAUUCAUAA